CAGAAAAUCAAAGUGUACAAUGUACACUUUGCUAAAACAAUUUACAUUGUGACUUCUGAAACUGAAAGUGAAUCUGAGCCAUGACAGCUGUGUAUAGUAUUACAUUCAAAAUUAUGUUUAAGUCAUGGUAAAUGGUGACCUCUUUCGGUCAAUUCUACGAUUUCUGCCUAUAGUUUUCAUUCGUUUUCGUGUUCGAUUCGAUAUGUGUUUUCUUUACAUAAAGAGUAACUUUAGUUCUAGUUCUUGUUCAAGUCUUUUUAUUAUAUUCGUAUCUUAUUUACACCCAGGACGAGCUUUACGACGUCCGUAUACGGUGAAAUACGGGCCGUAUACGGCCCAUAUUCUGCCGUAUACGAUGGUAAAUCGCCGUAUUUGGCCGUAUUACAUGGCUCCGUAUUNCGUAAAGCGCCGUAUUUCGCCGUAUACGGCACGGAGAUUUACGAUCGUAAUACGGAGCCAUGUAAUACGGCCAAAUACGGCGAUUUACCGUCGUAUACGACCGUGUAUGUUCGACCUGGGCAGGUAUUUUUUAAUUCUGUUUUAGAUUUAUCAUUAAUGAAUAAAAAUCAGCUAAAAUUAAACGACAUUUGGAAAAAGCAGGGAGCUAAUGAGAAUAAAUUAUCAUCGUCAAUUUCUGUAUCAUCAUCACAUGUUGAAUUAAAUAAUGCUGCUGGUGAAAUUAGUAUUGUUAAUAAAAAGUUAUGUGAUUCAUCUUUUAGUGAUGAAAUUAAUGUUAUUAAUCAAAAUUUAUCUAUAAAUGAUUCUGGUAAUGAAAUUGAAGAAAUAUGUUCAAUCCCAUCUAUAUCAUCACGUAUUCAAGCUGAAGAUUUUGCUGAUGAAAUAAGUAUUGUUGAUCAAAAUCCAUGUGUUACACGUCUUCUUAAUGUUGUUAGUGGAAGUUCAUUGAAUUUAUGUAUGUGUAUGUCUGCAAGUGAAAUUGAAGUGUCGUAUUCAAUUCCAUCUAUAUCAACACGUGUUCAAGCAGAAGAUUUUGUUGGUAAAAUAAAUGUUGUUGAUCAAAAUGUAUCUAUUAAAGGUGAUGUCAAUAUUUUUCAUCAAAAUGUUUUCUAA